AUGUUUUUAAAUAUUCUUGCACACCAUAAGAAGAAUCGUAGCAUAUCUCUAUACUUUAUGAGGUCAGGGCGAACAAUUAGUAAGUACUUUCACGAGUGUUUGAAAGCCAUGAUUCGAUGCCAAAAGGACUUCUGGAAAACACCAUUACCUGUGCCUGAGGACUCAACAGAUAUUAGGUGGAAGUGGUUUAAGACUUGUUUAGGAGCAUUAGAUGGAACACAUAUUAGGGUGAAAGUUCCAAAACAAGACAAACCAAGAUACAUAACAAGGAAAUGUGAGAUAGCAACAAAUGUUUUAGGAGUUUGCUCUCAAGACUUGAUGUUUAUAUAUGUUUUAUCGGGAUGGGAGAGAUCUGCACAUGAUACUCGUGUUCUUAGAGAUGCUUUGAGCAGGAGAAAUGGAUUAAAAGUUCCUAACGGUUAUUACUACUUAGUAGAUGUUGGCUACAGUAAUGCAAAUGGCUUUCUUGCACCUUUUAGAGGGCAACAUUAUCAUCUCAAUGAGUGGAGGAAUGGAAACAGACAUGAUUCGCCACAAGAAUUUUUUAAUAUGAAACACUCAAGUGCUAGGAAUGUUAUCGAGAGGAGCUUUGGUCUACUAAAAAUGCGUUGGGCAAUUCUUAGGAGUCCAUCAUUUUAUGAUAUAGUAACACAACGUCGUAUAAUAUAUGUGUGUUGCAUGAUUCAUAACUUUAUAAGAAGAGAGAUGGCUGUAGAUCCUAUAGAAGAGGAAUAUGAUAGGCAACCGCCUGUGCAAGAUGAUGAAGAUGAUGACUAUGUUGAUACAAUUGAGACCUCAAAUGAGUGGACGAUGUGGAGACAAAAUCUUGCAAAUGAAAUGUGGAAUAUAUGGCGUGGAAAUAGGAGUCGACUGAAUAUGAGUUCUCAAGCUACUUCAAGCCAAUCAAAAAAAGGAGGAAGUGGUCAGAAUAAACGUUUUUGGACAAAAGAGGAAGAUGAGGUGUUGGUAAAUUCUUUGUUGGAACUUUACCAUGAUAACAAGUGGCGUGCGGAUACUGGCUUCAAAAAUGGUUACUUGCAAAAGUUGCAAGGCAUGAUAGAAGCCAAGAUACUAGGCAGUGGGAUAUUGGCAAACCCACACAUUGAAUCACGGAUAAAUACACUGAAGAAACAAUAUAUCGUAUUAUCAGAUGCAUUAUCUCAGAGUGGUUUUGGAUGGAAUGUAGAAAAAAUGAUGUUGGAGUGUGAUAGAGAUGUAUUUGAUGAGUGGGCAAAGAACAAGAGAGAUGCAAAAGCUUUGUAUGGUAAACCAUUUGAACAUUAUUAUUCACUUGGAGAAAUAUAUGGAAAAGAUCGUGCACUUGGAACAAAUGCUGGAAAUGCUGAAGAUGAUGAAGAAGAAAUUAGGGGGCAAGAUGCAAGGGUGAAUCAAGAGGGUGUAUGUGUCGAUGACUUCUUUGAGCAAAUGGAAAUGCAUAUAGAUUUUUCUCAAUAUGAGGGUUCACAUGUUUCAACAAGUGAUGAAACUGAAAAUGAAUAUGUGUCUCUUGCACAACCAAGUCCUCCCCAACCACCACCACAGCCACCAAGUGUUAAGCAACGUGCUAAACAUCAGAGAUCAGCUGAAGAUGUAGCAAAUGCUCCAAAUAACACUCGUAGAAAGGCAAGGGCUUUGGAUGAUAUGACAAAGAAAUUCGGACUGAUUACUGAAUCCAUUGCAGCCAUGGCUCCAAAGUCUGAUUACUGA